AUGCCGCUUACAAGCGAGGAACUAGCUACACUUACCAAGGACACGCCCACCAACUUGCCGCUCCUUCCAGGGUUCAUCACCCAUUCCUCACUCCCUGACCCUCCCACUCGCACACCAUCACCCCACCCGUCUGAAGCCUUGACCCCUAAUCAAACCUCACCAAGUGCCAACUGUGCAGGGCCGCUUCGUGAGGGGAAUUCAUCCACCUGGGCAGCACGCAAUCCCACACGACCUGUUAUUCGUCCUCAGACGCCACCACCUCGGCUGACGGAUGCACAAAAAGCAUCCCGGAAGAUCAAGAGGGACCAGAAGAGGGAGGCGACAAAAAGCUUACAUGAUGGUAUCUCUGAGUACCUCGACGAGCAGAGGGUGAAAAUAGAGGUGCUCACCCGAACUCACAAUGUCACCCCAAAACACAUCAAUGACAUCAUCAGCGUCCACACGAAUUACCACAACUCCUGCAAGCCCCAGUUGAUCAACGCGCUUAUUCAUGCGAAGGCAAAGGAACUAAACGCCGGGUCCCGUUACACGUUGGCUGAGCUCCGUGAAAUGGUCACAAAUGACCCUCAAAUGAACAAAUUGACGAAAGAAGAAAAGGCCUCUUACAUAGAGGCCCUCAAUGAGCAUCGCGACAAGAAGGCACUUGGUGUUCGUGCGAAUAAUUCCGCAGCUGCGCGAGAUGUGGUAGCCACAACAGAAAGACUCAUGAAAGAGCUGGAUGACCUACGUGUUCGGACUGGCAUCUAUGCGACAUUAUUUGUCGUUCGUGGUCACAUCAAUGGCACGAUCCAAAGCACCAUGCAUGGCACCGACAAUACAGAAGACUUUUGGGAAGACAUUUACAAGCAUCCAAUGGCAGAUUUUCUGCGUCAAUAUGAACAAUGGGCAUGCACACAGAAUCAGAUGAUUGUGUUGUUUUGCAUGUGCUGGCCCCAUCUGACACUGUUUUCAGUUGCAGUGACCGGUAAAAAGGAUAUCGCCAUGAACUACCAUAACUACGAAACCACGAUCGUCGAAACUUAUGGAGUGCGCCUUGUAGGAUGGCCCCACGGGGUCAACUUCAUUAGUCCUUCGAACAUUGGAACAGUUGGCGACAUUCGGAAGCUUCGAGAUGCACUCAAGAGUCGUAUCUGCUACUGGACAGUUCUCUCGCCAGCAGAAGUUAAAUCCCACGCAGCUGAACUCAACACGUGCCGUUUAGCUGGCAAAAUUGUUCGCAAGCCACGCAAGAAGUGUUUGGACUCUGGAGUGCCUCGAAAGCGCAAGGCACCGGCUACCGCAGGACAGGCUGGCCAGGAAAAUCAGAGGGUGUCAAAGAAGGCGAAAAGAACCACUCCACAGCUUCGCCAAGCCCCCAAGAGCUCUGAAGUUGUUGAGUCAUCUGACGGACUUGAAGAUGAGUAA